CUUUGUUUUAACCACUUAACGGGGCCGUUAAUUUCGACAGAGGGAAAGUGAGAGUGGAGGCGUGUGAGGGAGGUUUUCCUGGACUUAAGCUGUUUGGUGUGGACACGCACAUCAGCGGCUACUUCGGUUAGAAAGUGUCCGACUGACUGAGGCGGGAUGGAAACGAGCUAACCUUCCUUUGGAAAGGUUUGCAUGAGGCGGGGACAGGGAAAAAACGAUGCCUUCGAAGUCGGUUUUGUGCACCCUUUGACUUUAAAAACAGCCUGGGGAGAAGUUGGGAGAAAACCGGUUUUCCCUGGUACCCUAGCGCCGCUUUUGUGUUUGUGAAUGGUGGAGUGUUUUUCCUGUUUGACGGGGCCGAGUGUCAGAAAGUUAACGUUAGAGCCGCCGAACACACACACGCUCCUCGUGCCCAGACCUGCUCAGAUGGACUUGAGAUAACACCACCAGAGGUUCUACUCCGGUCCAAACAUCCACCAGCCAGGGAGCAUCCAACAUUCAGCCAGAAUGUCAGAUCCCACUGAGCUGAACUCUGAAGGGAUGGGGGCGGGGGCAGGCAUGGCCGAGGCUGCCGCCUGUAGUUUGGAGAUAGAGAGGAAGUACGAUGUCAUCCCUGCCGUCAUCUGCUCCAUGUGUUGCCUGUUCGGCAUCAUCUACUGCUUCUUUGGUUACCGCUGUUUUAAGGCUGUGAUGUUCCUGUCUGGUCUGAUGUUCGGCUCAGUCAUCAUUUUCUUGCUGUGCCACAAAGAACAUGUGUUCGACACGCAGCUGAGCAUUGAGGCCAGUGUGGGUAUUGGCCUCGGUAUAGGCCUGUUGUGCGGCCUGGUCACCAUGCUGGUGCGAAGCGUCGGCCUCUUCAUGACCGGCCUGCUGCUAGGCCUCCUCCUGGCCCUCGCUGCCCUGCUGGUCACUCAACAGUUCUACACUCCAACCACACUCUGGGUGCCCCUGGGGGCUCUCCUGGGAACAGGCACGCUGUUUGCUGUGCUGACCCUGCAGUGGCAAAAGCUCUUCACCAUGCUCUCCACAGCGGCGUUCGGAGCAGCUAUCAUGACGGUGUGCGCUGAUUACUUUGUGGAGCUGCUGGCACUGGGUACACAUGUGUAUGAAUGCUUGCGCCUGACACCCGGGCCACCUCUGUGCUGGUACAGCUGGGUCAUUCUGGGCAUCUGGCCCGCCCUCAGCCUCAUAGGAGCUCUGGUCCAGUGGAAACUAACAGAUAACAGCUUCUCACAUACUGAAGUUGUUAUCAGUCGGAGACAGAAGAGAGUCCAGCUGAUGCGAAUUCGAGAGAAGGACACCAAGAAGCGACAGCAGGCAGGUGGGCAGGAAGGCACAUACCGCCGUAAACCCACCCCAGUAAAACGUUACGCUGGGGAUCUACUGGCGCCGAGCUACUUGCAAAGCCUGCGGGACAGACAAACAGGCACAGGCACUUCCCUUAGCAGCCUGGGCAAUGCCAACCACACUAUGAUCGACUUGGACUACGACACCGGGUCCACUGCCCCCCUCACAGCUACAACCCCAGUCGCCAGGGUCUGAGCAGCCCAGACAUAAGAAGGGACUUUGGAUUUUCUCCUAACAGUGCGUGUUCAGUGAGAGAGCGCUGCUCUUCGGGGAGAAGGAAGAAGGGUCCAGCUCCUGUUUUGUGAAUGCUGUGUUUCUCAGAGAAAUACUAAAGACAAAUACUAUAACAAAGUAAAGUAAGGUCCUUCAUUUCCUUUCAUCGUGUAUUAGCUACAUAACAGCAAGUACGAGCCUCAGAUACAGACGUACUUCUGUCUCGGCAGUGAAUAUGUUAAAGCAGUUUGACAUCACGUGUACUGUACUUAAAAAUGUAGUCAUUGCUAUAGAGUGUUAUUGUGUCCUGCCUUACUGUUAAAUUGUGUGGUGGUAGAAUGUGUGUUAUUUCUUUAGACGGAGUGUGGUGAAAGAGUACGUGGAGUAUGACAGAGUGAAGCAAAUAAAGACCAGUUAGUAUUUAAAA